UUGACGGACUUAAUUCAGAGCUGCACUAGUAAUGCAACAUUAGCUUCCUGUAGAGCUAGGGUCAUUCACAUGAGUACUGACUUUCUCUGUGGAGUGGUUUCAGAGACUGAAUUAACUCUUUUUUCAUUAAACUCUGUUUAAAUGAUGUUACGAUCGUUGUGUCGGGCAGGCGGCGCCAUUCUCCAGCAGACACAGAGAACGGCACCAAAGCUGUGGGUCACUCCAGCGCAGCAGCGAUGGGCGUCCAGUUUGCCCAUGAACACGGUGGUCCUGUUUGUGCCCCAACAGGAAGCUUGGGUGGUGGAGAGGAUGGGUCGCUUCCACCGCAUCCUAGAGCCGGGUCUGAAUUUCCUCAUUCCUGUACUGGACCGCAUUCGCUACGUGCAAAGUCUGAAAGAGAUUGUGAUCGAUGUUCCAGAACAGUCUGCCGUGAGUUUAGACAACGUAACAUUACAGAUUGAUGGAGUCCUUUACCUGAGGAUCAUCAACCCUUUUAAGGCCAGUUACGGUGUGGAGGACCCAGAGUACGCAGUCACACAGCUGGCCCAGACCACCAUGCGUUCCGAACUGGGCAAACUUACACUGGAUAAAGUUUUUAGGGAAAGGGAAUCCCUCAACGCCAACAUGGUCCACUCCAUCAACCAAGCAUCAGAUGAUUGGGGAAUUCGUUGCCUCCGGUACGAAAUCAAAGAUAUUCAUGUUCCACCUCGUGUCAAAGAAUCCAUGCAAAUGCAGGUUGAGGCGGAACGUAGAAAGAGAGCCACGGUGCUGGAGUCUGAGGGGUCGAGGGAAGCUGCCAUUAAUGUGGCAGAGGGUCGUAAACGAGCACAGAUCCUCGCCUCCGAGGGAGAAAAGGCCGAGCAGAUCAACAAAGCUGCUGGCGAGGCUCAAGCUGUCUUAGCCAAAGCCGAGGCCAAAGCCGAGGCCAUCCGUAUGCUGUCAGUGGCUCUGACUGAACAGAAUGGAGAUGCAGCAGCUUCCCUCAGUGUGGCUGAACAGUACGUGUCUGCUUUCUCCAAACUGGCCAAAGAAUCCAACACCAUCCUCCUGCCCUCUCACACCGGAGACAUCAGCAGCAUGGUCACACAGGCCAUGACCAUCUACAGCAGGUUGUCAAAGACGAAGCCCAGAGCUCCUGCACAGGUGUUGGAGGAAAAGAGUGAAGAGGCUCAGGACCAAUCAGAAUCCCCUCAGUAGCAGACAAGUCCAAUCAUAAACUCUUAACAAAAACAACAACAGACAGAAGCGGAGUGAAGACGACGUGAUUGAAGACCGUGACGUCCACUCAGCUGCUGACAACAAGAAGAAAUGUCAACUCCAACUUCCCACCACAUCGUCCUGACGUCUUCUAUCGGUCUGUUUUCAGACGUCACCGACAGUUCCUGUGUCAUCUCAGGGACCACCGUCUUCAGGCUGUAGCACUUAAGGUGUUCAAAAGUGAAAAGUUCCUGAAUGUGUAGUUCAACAGUAAACCAACCACCUUCAGGAGGUGGAAAAUAUUUAAUUUUCUCCCAUUAAUGAGUACCGUAUAUAAAUGUCCUGUAAAAUGAAUUGACCUUCAGUCUUAGUGGCUGUACUUGAUGAAUUUUCAACACUUCUGUUAUUUCCCAUAGUCCUUUAAUAAGAAGAUGAAUCAGCACAGUGUUUUGAAAUGUUUGAGUUUUUUUUUUAGAAUUCAAAGUGAAAGGUUCUGAGUGGGAGUUUGAUGAUUUGGUUUGAAGUGUCGCAAAGCACUGGUUCAAAUUCACAGUUGUGUUGGAGGAGGAUGGUGUGAAAUGGACUGGGAAACUGUUCAAAGUCAUUGGAAUAUUAUUUACAGGAUAAUUAAAUAAAAGUCAUGUUCGAUCAUU